CGGCCAACGAGGGGAGCACGACAGUCAGACAGCUACGACUAGGACUAGUAGGAGGGAGACUGGGAGGAUAGUUCUGCAAUGGCUUGGCUGGCUGGCUGAUGCCAUGAUUGCUCCUGCGCAACUUUCCGGCCGCCCGCAGGCCGCAGGCAUCGCCGCGCAUCAAGGUCAGGGUCGCCGCUGCCUUUCCGUGCCGGCCGACCAAAGCGUUUCAUUUGUGCCGGUGGCGUGGUGUCGCACUGUCGCUGCUGCCUCUACCUCCGAAGCAAGGAAUCCUAGCAGAGGAAAAAGCAGAGACACGCUGCACUGCGGCUCCGUGCUGUUUGCUUCGCUUUAUUCCCCUUCCUUGUUCCAGCACCAGCUCUCCUCUCCCCUGUCACUCUCCAUCCGGCCAUCCCGCCGCCCACCCUUUCCCCCAUCCGCCGAACCCUUCGCCUGCUGCGUCCGUCUGGUCCGAGGCGUUUCCGUUCCUGACGCCAAGAACGAGCUCUUCUACGUACGCCUGCACGCUGAGGUGGUUUCUUUGCUCCUGCCUGCCACCGUCGUCGAUUCUUCUUCUUAUUCUUUUCCCCUUGGUCCGUAGCCAUUGUUGGUUGGUGUCAUAUACUUUCAUGCUUCGUGUCCUCCUGCUCCUUCCAUUCCUCUCCUUCCCGUAGCCAUUGUUGGUCCUUUUACCUGUUAUAUAUUGUUUAGAUCUCCGCGUCCGCAGGCAGGGCCGAAUCCAGUUGAAGGCAGGCGGCGAAGAGCCAAAGAUGGGACUCGACGCAACCAACGCCCUGCUGCACAUCAAGAGCGCGUUGCGUUCUUCCGCCAGGCUUGCCUGCCAGUCCGCGUCCGAGUACCCCGUGGCGCUCGGCGUCGGCACGCUGCUGCUGUUCCUGCACAGGCUCUGCCCUGCCCUGCUCGCUCUCCUCCUGUCCUCGUCGCCGGUGUUCCUGCUAACCGCGCUUCUGCUCGGGGCGCUGCUGAGCUACGGGGAGCCAGGUGACGGCGCUCCAGCGACCGGAGACGGAGAGGGCCCGUCCCCCCCUGAUGCUGUGGCUGUGGCUGUGGCUGUGGCUGUGGCUGUAUCCACACCAUCCGUUGCUGAGUCUUGUCCAGCAGUUGCCGUGGAGGUUCAGCGUGUCGCCGCCGUCGCCCACAUGCCAAGGAGUUCUUCUGCGAGCCCCGUUGUCCGCGCCGAGGAAACAACGUCCGGUACCACCUUCUUCCAUGAAGCCCACCGUGACGAGGGCAGUAUCGUCGCAUCUGUCUCUGCUGACGACGCUCUUCGCCGCGCGGAAGUUGUUGUUGUGGAAAGAGAGGAGCAGCCGGCCACCAAGGAAAUCUGCGAGAAUGUUCAGCUGCGGCAGUUUCGGAGCAGCGCUGGUGAAGGUGUUCCGAUCGAAGUGGACAGCAAAGCUUCUGGAGCUGUUUCGCUUGAUGCUCGGUGGGUGGCUAUGGAGUCUUCUAGCUUUCACAGGGACAACGGUGCCAUCGCUGAAGGAGAGGGAGAGGAGGAUGAGCAUGUUAAGGAGAUAUGCCAGCAGGCUGAGAGCGCCGUCGCAGGGAGGUGUGGUGGCUAUGGAGUUUGCAGCCAGUAUCAGUUCGGUGAGCUCAUGAGCUCGUGUUGGCAACCUGUUACGCGGCAGGAUCCUUGUUCCGAGUCCGAGUCGGAUUCUAGUGAAAGCUCUUCGGAUGCGUCGAUCAGUGACAUCAUACCGAUGCUCGACGAGCUGAACCCGCCUGUGGACUUGGGUGCUGGCCACCCUUCCUCAGCCUUCAGAGAGAAGUUGAGCGCCGGCUCAUCGGAUGAUGAAGAUGGCUCGGAGGAGGACAAUAACCUUAGCUCAGAUGAAGAUGGAGAAGAGGAAGAGGAGGAGGAAGAGAAAGGUGAUGGAAACAACUGGAAGGGCUCUGUGGAUCCAAACUCUCUGGAAGCUGAAGAAAAGAACGGGAGCUCGGAGAGUCUGAUGGCGCGGCGAAGAGCAAAGAACGCUCUCGUGUUCGAUCUCGACAGGAGGCUAAUGGACCUGCAGGCAGCUGAUGCAGUCUCGAAAAUGGAGGCGGCGUCACGCUUCCGCGUCCAGGUGCCCUCCAUCUCCACACCGAGGCGGCCUGGCCCUUCAGACGAUCCAGCAGAGGGGGACACAGUGGAGCUGCCGCAGAUCCCUGGCUCGGCGCCGCCGUCCGUUCUGCUUCCACGGAGGAAACCAUCCGAUGAUGCUCCGUUCGACGACCAGAUCGUGGACCGCGACAGGCGUCUGCAGGAGACCUGGACUCCUCCUCGCUCAGGCUUUCCAUCAUCAGCACAGGGUAGUAGGACACCUGACACUGGCAGCUUGUUCGUGAGGCCGUCUUCUUCUCCGCGACAUGGCAGUGGCGUGGUAGAAGUAGAAGCAGAGGAGCCUGGAUUGUCCGGUGCCAAAGAUGCCGCUGACGACCACUCGGAGUCGGAGAGCGGUUCCGAGGAGGAACCGCCGCUUCCGCUUGGCAGCAAUGGCAGGCUAUUCGGCUCGCUGGAACCGCGUAUUGGCGACGAGAUCAGAAUUCUGGGCGCGGCGGUCUCAGACGUGUGCGUGCUAGAACUAGAAGCAAAUCUGGGAAGAAGUAAUGGAGGCAGCGCUGGUUCCAUCGACGCCGCAGAUUCCUCUCAUGUCCAAAAGCCCGUGUCGAGCAGCGGGUCGGAUGAUGCGGACGAUUCAGCUUCCGCAGAUGCAGGCAAUGCGCGAUCGGUAGUACUGCGUCCUCUAUCUGAAGAAGAAGAAGAAGACGGCGGUGCUGAGGAACACGUCGUCGUUGAUGAAGAAGGAGAAGAAGGCUCCAUGAGCGAGGCCACCUCGCUGUUCAAGUGCCGCAUGGAGCAAGUGCUGGUGCAGUCCGUUUCGGAGGCCGGCGUAGGGCAGCCCCUGGCGGUUGGACCCGGGCGUGAGCGGCUGAGCCUGAGCGAUGCUCUGUUACCUCCUGCGACCCCUUUGGUUGUUACUGGUGAGGCGAGACCGUCGGCAAAGGAGCUGCUGAGCUCACGGCUUGCUCAGGUGGAUGGAGAAGAAGCGCUGGCGCCGGUGAUGCCUGCUGCUGCUGGUAGCCCAGAGUCGGAGCUCAUGUGUGCUGUUGGUUGCGGUGUGCUGGGUCGUGACGCAGAACCUGCUUCGGAGGACGACGCCAACGACCCUACUACUACUACUCAUGUGCCGUCAAGCAUCGGCGGCCGCGGCGGCGGCGACAUUGCUGGUGAUGGCCAAGUAUAACCCUGCUUGUGCUUGCUCAAGGUGGUGGUGGGAAUGGGCGAGGGAGACGUCAUCGUCUUCUCGGAUGUGUGUUUUUUGAUCUUCGGAGAGAAUGGAGUGCGCAUGUGUAUGGUGGUCUGUUCUUUUUUUUUUCUUUUUUCUGUUUAGUUUAGUUCGUCUGUUCAUACUUGUUCCUUUUCUUUUUUUUUUUAUUGUCGAAUUCGGAUGGACAAAGUAGGGCGACGCAUGCAGUUUGGUAGCAGCGUGGAUCGCUGGUUGUUUCGUGUAACGCGUGCCGAGUGCAGUUUUUUUUAAAAAAAAUUAUACAUGUCUUCUUCUUCGUUUGA